AAAGCCUAAAAAUUGGAACCCAAAAUUUAGUCUCCAGUCAGUCGGGCAAAACCAGUAGAAAGCCCUAGCUCGCACACAGUCCCGCCAAAGAUCCACCGCGAAAUCCCUAGUUUAAGGCGCGAGACGACGGCGUUUCGACACUCGCCGUCAAUCCAGCAAGCUAUGACACUCUCCAGUGCCUUCAACGCAUUCAAGUCCUCCAAAUCCAUCUUCUGGAAAUCUACCGGUAGGCUUCAGCAGACCUUAGCGGGAUGCAUAGAGCGGAAAGGGAAGAGCUUGCACAGCGGCAAGGUCUCCGCCGUGAAAUUGUGGCCGGAUCACGCCGGCAAAGGGAGAUACUUUGUUUGCCGGUCAAAUGCGAUUCGAGCUUCGGUUGAGUUUGCCGAGGAAUCGCCUCUCUGCACCACUCUCUGUAAAGAUGGGGUCAAAAUUCGGACAGUUGAGCAUUUGCUUUCGGCUUUGGAAGCUAUGGAGGUUGACAAUUGCCGGAUUGAGGUCAAGAACUCGGACCCCGAAGAUAUCGAUGUUGAGGUUCCUAUUUUUGAUGGGUCAGCAAGAGAAUGGGUGGAGGCUAUAAAACAAGUUGGUCUAAAAGAGGCAACAGAUGAGCAUGGCAACUGUUGUGAAAAGAUGGCGGCACAUAUGAACGAGCCAGUUCAUGUCUGGAGGAAUAAUUCUUUUGUAGCUGCUUUCCCAUCACCAGAAAUCCGUAUCACUUACGGGAUUGACUUUCCGCAGGUGGAUGCUAUUGGCUGCCAGUGGUUUUCUGUCACCUCCUUGGAUAACUCUUUCUAUUCCAAGCAGAUUGCUUUGUCAAGAACCUUUUGCAUUUACGAGGAGGUGGAGCGAAUGCGCGAGGCAGGACUCAUAAAAGGUGGUGGGUUAGAAAACGCAAUUGUUUGCAGUGCUAGUAAGGGUUGGUUGAACCCACCGCUGCGUUUUCCAGAUGAACCUUGUCGACACAAGGUCUUAGAUCUUAUCGGCGACCUUUCCCUUUUCGCAAGGUUUGGAAGCCAAGGGCUUCCAGUGGCACAUAUAGUGGCAUACAAGGGUGGCCAUGCACUGCAUUCCGAUUUAGUUCGCCGGCUGUCGGGAACUAUAUAAAAGGAUCACGGAUUAUCUUUUGGUCCUCUUGAAGUCGUAACGUUGCACCAACCUGGAAAUGCAGUUGCAGAAAAAUAGAGAAGGAAGUGCGCAGAAUCAGAGCUUGUGUAAUCCAUCAAGGCUUAACAGUGUAACAUUAUGUUCUUAACGAAGCAAAAUAAAACGUUGUUUAUCGAUGA